UGGUGUGGGGCCGGGAGGUGCGCAGCAGCAAUGCAGUCUGUGUGGGGCUGAUGUCCCCCCAGCCCUGGGGAGCCCCACGGUGCAGCCAGGCAGCGGCAUCCCGAAACUGAGGGCGCGUGGAGGAGGACCCCACUGUGAGCCAUGGCUGAGCAGCGCGUGGGCUCCAGGGGUCGGCGCAUGGGAUCCAGCCGGCGGCGGCAGCUCCGCAGGGAUGCGGCUGAAGAGCCACCGUGGGCAGCAGCUGUGAUGCAGAAAGUCCAGGAUGUGAUCCAGGAGCAACGCGGGGACACGGAGGGGUUCAUCGCUCGUGCAGAUAUGCAGAAACUGCAGGAGGAGGAGGUUGUCCCGUGCAGCACGGAGGAGCUGGAGCUGCUCUUUGAUGGGUUGGAUGCUGCAGGCACCGGGCAGCUGAGCGUUGAGGAAUUCACUGCUGGGCUCCGGCGGUUCCUGAGUUCCCAAAAAAUCAGCAGGGAGCAUCGGCGGCGGAAAGCAGCAUCACGGAGGAGCUGCCUGGUCCUCGCCAGCCCCACGUGGGAAGAGACGGACAGCGAGGAGAAGAAACACUUUGCAGCCUUCAUGGAGCAACUGGGAGUGGAUGACAGAUGGGAAGAGCAGGAGAUCUGGCAGCUCUGGGCCAAACUGAGGGAGGAUGAGCCCCAACUCCUGGGCAACUUGGAGGAUUUCCUGGCCAAGAUGAGGCACCGCAUCCAAGAAGCCCGGAGCAAGAAGGAGGCCUUGGAGGAGGCCCUCAACAAACGCGUGGCUGAGCACAAACAGGAGGUGCAGCAGCUCUGCGAAGUCCUGGAGCAGCAGAUCCAAGAGGAGAGGCAGCGAAUAGAGCAGGAGAGCACAGCCCGGAGCCGCCUGCACUGCACGGUGCUGCAGCGAGCGCUGGAUGCCAGAGGCAGGGAGGUGCAACGCUUGCUUGCAGCGCAGGAGGAGCUGGAAGCACAGUGCCGCAGUCUCAGCAGCACCCAGCGAGCUGCCAGUGCUGAGAACCGACAGCUGGAGGAGAACAAGCGGGCGCUGGAGGAGCAGCUGCAGCACAUCCAUGCACAGCUGCAGCAGAGCCACGAGUGCCUGAGGGCUGCCAUGGCUCAGCAGCGGGCAGAGAAACCACGGGAUGAAGAGGAGGCAGAGCUGCCCAGCGAGACACUGCCAUCCCUGCAGAUGAGCCCAGGGCAGCAGUUGUCAGAGAUGCACGUCAAGUUGGGCUCCCAGGGCAGCGAGCCCAAGCACAGGAGCACCCACCAUGUGGUGUGGGAAAAGCCAGCAGCAGACACAAACCCGUCACGGCUGCUCUCUGUAGAAGAGGAUCCCUUCCCCGAAUUUCUGAAAGAGGAACGGUUUUCUGGCCAAGGCUCUUUGCUAAGAGAGAUGAAUGAUGCAAUAGCAGCUCUGAGCAGGCAGAAGCUGCAGCCACUGGGAGAUGCUGCUCACUGCCCACACGAUGAUGCUGAGCCCCAAACUGGACCAAGCGGCUCAGCCCCACGAGAGACCCACAUCAGUCACAAGGUGUUGGAAGAAGACCUGAGAGAGGGACGAGCUGCAGCUGAGCUUCGUGCUGGGGACGGGACACAGGCUGGUGCGUCUGCAGGAGCUCAGGAGGAGGGGGCAGUUCAGGGAGACAGCGUGGAGAGAGCAGGGCAGAGCCCGGAGCGGAUGGAAAGGGUGUUGUCUGUGCAGGAAAGGGGUUCUGGUGGGGAGCAGCAGGUGCUAAAAGAGGUUGAGAGGCCACAAGAGGCACUGGGAGAGAGCACAGAGAUGGGUGAGCAGGCACAGGUGGGGUUGGAGGGAGAAGGAUGGGAAAAGAUGAAGUGGGAAAAGGUGCAGCUCCCAGGAGAAGGAGAAAAUUUGGAGGCAGUCCUCAAAGCUCGGGAGGUGGAGCUCCCAGCAGGCAGCUUUGCCACCGAUGUGCUUCAGGUGCCAGGAUGGGUUGAGGUGCAAAUGGCAGCAGUGCAGGAGGUGAGAGAAGCUCCCAACUCUGAAAAAGUGGAUGGAGAGGAUAGUGGUGCAGCGGGGCACUGCUGGGGAGAGAUGGAAAGGACUGAGACUGAGCUGCAGCCCCUGAGUGUGGCUGAUGACCUGGGUACAGAGCAGGCAGAGAGCGUGGGGCCAGAGGAGCAACUGCUGGAGGAGGCUGAUAGAGCAGAGCCAGGGCUGGAGGGGGGAGCUGGGGCUGCAGUGCUUGGUGAGGGGCUUUCCCCAGCAGAAAUCCCUGCAAGGAGCCCAGCUGAUGGACUGGUACUGGUCAGUGCUCAGGCACUGGAAAUGGAAGAGGCAGAGGACUCUCCAGCAAGCACUCUGCUGCAUGGGAUUCCCAGCCCAGAAGCCUUGAGGGAUGGAUUGGAUGACGCAGCCAUGCAUCUCAGGGAGGAUGCUGAGGANGGAGGACAAGAACUGACUGAGCCUGGGCUGCCCAAUCAGCCUGUGUGUGAACUGCAGGGAGCAGGAGCCAGGCAGGCAGAGGGGGCUGCUGUAGAGCUGUCACCCCAGGAAAAGGCUGGAAGCCUGGAGCUGCUGGAGGCCCCGAGUGGUGACACCCAUGUGAAGAUGUUUGCAGAGCUGAGGGAGAUCAAAGGGAGCUUGGAGGCAGAGCUGCAGCUCCUGAGUUUGGGUGAUGAUCUGGGUACAGAGCAGGCAGAGAGCGUGGGGCCAGAGGAGCAACUGCUGGAGGAAGCUGAUAGAGCAGAGCCAGGGCUGGAGGGGGGAGCUGGGGCUGCUGCAGUGCUUGGUGAGGGGCUUUCCCCAGCAGAAAUCCCUGCUGGGAGUCCAGCUCCAGGUGAGCUGGUACAGGUCAGUGCUCAGGAGCUGGAAGGGAAGGAGGCAGAAGCCCAUGGAGAGAGCACUGGAGCUGAUGGGAAACCGCUGUGUGCAUCAGGGCUGUGGGAAGGGGCAGAGAGCCCAGCUGUGGCUCUAGAAGCAGCUCUGUGCAUGGCUGACAACACAGACAUUUGGGACAGGAAUGUUGAGCCUGCCCUGCAUCCUGAGUAUACUCAAUACGCUGCUGCUGAGCAUGCUCAUCCAGGGCUGGUAGCAGUCAGUGGUCCAGAUGAGCAGAUCCUGGAGGAAACCCAGACAACGAGUGCUGAUGCAGAGGGGAGGCCUCUGGAUGGAGCUCGAGGUCUGGAAGUGGUGCAGGGAGCAAGGCUGGAGGCAGAGGGAAGGAUUUUAGUCGAAGCUCAGCAUUUGGAACUAAAGCAGGGCCACGAUGCCGAUGCAGCCACACUUGCUUCUCCUGUCUCCGAGGUACCGUUACAAAUCAGUGCUCUAAAUCCAGGUGUGAUGAUGCAGGAGGAUGUUCUCAUUCCAGAUGUGCAGCUGCUAGGUGGUUCGGGACAGGCAGCCCAGAGGCAGCUCCAGGAGCAGGUCUCAGCACAGGCAGACAAGGGGAGGCUUCGCACUGCUCCCCGGCAGCCACAGAAGCCACCAGGCGUGAUGGAAGCAGAACAAGCAGCUGCUGGACCUGCUGAGACUCCAAAACAAGAAGUGCCACCAGCAUCAGCCCUUCACACAGGGAUCCUACAAGGGGAAGAUGCUGUGAAGGAUCUCUCAGGGAUGGCCCUCGGGGACAGCCCACUGCUGGAGGUGGUCAGCAGCGGGGCACAGCUCUCAGGAGAGCAGAGAGAAGAGCUCGAUGUGGAGACGAAACAAGAGAUGGAGAAGAGCCCAGGAGGUGAGCCCAGCCCUGGAGAGCCAGAAGCUGUGACUGUGAGUGAAGCAGGAGCUGCCCCAAAGGGCUCUCUGGAGCCAGACCACCUCUACAACGUGCUGUUUGUUGGGGACUCCCAUGUGGGCAAAACCUCCUUUCUGUACCGACUGCAUGCCGACACCUUCAACCCGCACCUCGCUGCCACUGUAGGGCUGGAUUAUCAAGUCAAAAACCUCGUGGUGGACAACAAGCGCUUCGCUCUCCGCCUGUGGGACUCAGCUGGGCAGGAAAGGUAUCACAGUGUCACCAAGCAGUUCUUCCGGAAGGCAGACGGGGUGGUGCUGAUGUACGACGUCACGUCGCAGUACUCCUUCGCCGAUGUGCACUACUGGCUCAGCUGCAUCCAGGAGGGAGCAGAAGAUGGAGUCACAGUUCUGCUUCUGGGGAACAAAACAGACUGUGCUGCAGAGAGGCAGGUCCCUACGCUGGAGGGGGAGCGCCUGGCUCAGGAGCAUCAGCUCUUGUUUUAUGAAUGCAGCGCUGCCUCCGGCCACAACGUCACUGAGUCCAUCGUCAGCCUGGUCAGGGCACUCAAAGUUUGUGAAGACCAAUUGAGAAAUAAGGCAGAAGAGGUACCAAAGCUGCCUCAGAAGAAAAAAGGAUGCUGUUGGUGAUGGAGAGAGUCCUUGCUGUGGUCUGAAACUGCAACGGCAGCCAGAAAAGCAACUGGAGAUGAGGAGAGACCACAGGAUGACUGCUCAGAGAAAUCAGGGUUAUGAACUCCACCAGGAAGGGUGUGAUAUUGCAGUGACAGCAGCUGAAGAAGCAACACAGCUCCAGCAGCUCUUUUAGACAUGUGCAUCUCCUCUGCAGCUCAGUGCCCCAGCACCUCUGUAUCACCUGAGCCUCCAUCCCCUACCUGGCUGCUCCCACCCCAUCCCUCUGCCACUUCCUGUCCUCCCUUGGCCCUAAUCCUUGAAGGACCUUUUUUGCUUGAUGCAAUAUAUGCUCCCAUGCACUCCCUGGCAAUCCCUUUCUGCCACAUUUCGUUAUAAAAUGAUUUUAUUACUGGGUGUGUUAUGGGGCUGGCUUGAAGAAUGGAGCAACUCAGGAAGUACUUUCAUGGCUCAGCUCGGGGCUGAAGCUGGACUCGGUGUUCAGGUUACCCACAACAGGAUUUUUUUGUGCCCA